AUGUACGUCGAGUCUCUUGUGUCUCUCCAAGUUCAAGGGUACGCUUGUGAUAUAGUGGUGCUUCUCUGCGAUUUUGGUAUCCACGGCCACUAUCUCUGUGCUGUCAAUAUUUCAGACGCCUUCGGGCCCCGGCAGCAACCCUCCGACUACAACUGCCACCCUCGUGUCUUGCUUUGCACUCGCCUGUGGUCCACCAACAAGCUCUUCGUCAGGCACAACCGUAGAUUUCUGGUUCUGGGCACCCACUCUGCCCUAGGCAAUCAUGAUCACCAUGAGUGGUUGCUACAUCGGUAUGAUCUGGAAACCGCAAGACCGGUCGCCAAGGAGCCGUUGCAGCUGCGCAACUUCUGUGGCUCCGAGAUGGGGUCUACGGUAUGCUUCACUAUCUAUCAAGACAACUUCUAUGCCUUGACAAACCAGACCAGCUACGAAAGUGAGGAAGUGGACUGGACGAGCUACUACCAUUUCAUUCACUUUCCUCUCGAUGAUCCACUUCCGGACCUGAAAGUACGGGCAAUCUGGAGGAGGCAGCAUCUCGAAGGUCCAAUCAAUGACUCCUGGACAGAUCUGGGGUUCCAAAUUGAUCAUGGUAGUGGUGAGUUGCUUAUAGUGGAAUGCAGAAAGGAGUGGUUAGCUGGGGGCAGUCGAUCCGUAAGGACCUAUUACACCCAACCCUUCGAACGGGCUUUACAUGGCGACUUACACAAUGGUCACCGACACCCACCCGGCGAUCCCCUAGGCCGUACACUGGAUGCGAAGAACAACAGCAGAUGGGAGGAAUCAAGACCUCGCCUUGAUAGAUUCGUCCACACCGAGAUUCAAGAGAGCGACGAUCGCGGUGUGAAGGAAUACAUUCGAGCGAAGACCAAGUGGAAUGGGUACCACUUCAACGCCCAAGCGUUCGUCGACCUCGUGACGGAUGAAGUGAGCGUGGAAGGCGAGUGGCGACCUAAAGAGCGCAUCAAGCUUCGAGUGGCCAGUAGGCAUGAACUUAGUCCUCUAGUCUCGGAGGACGAUCACAUGAAUGGGUCAUCAUUCCUUCUACGACCUCCCAGCCUAGACAAAGAGGGCGAGGUAAUGCCAGACGGCGAAGAAGCAUUCAGUCCUACCAAAGUAUCGUUAUGGCCGCCCGACGAUGCGCCUCCAGAGCUUCAUGAUAUGCUCUGUCCGGGCGGCAGAGGAGGUGAAGUCAAGGCCAUCUUGGGCGAUCAAGGUAUGGUCUACACCGCUGGUCCAGCUCGCGAGCCUGGCUCUCGUGAGCGGGCGCUCAUCUUUGUCAGCUUUGAUCCAACAUUCGGUUUCGAGGGCAUGAAACGUCUUGACGGAAGCCUCGCCAUCCCAAAGCAGAGGGAUCUCCAAUCGGACGCCGUAAGAAAGAGGAAGAAUGUUGGUGAACGAGGGGAGCCAGCUGACGCCUGCCCUGGCAAUGAAGAUACAUCUCCAACUCGUGGUUCGUAUAGCAAGAGAGUCCGAAAAAGUCGAGAUAGGUAUACUCCGUCUCAGUCAGAGUAUAUGGGGGAACAAGCGGGAAGCCACAAUAUCGCACGUCGAGACUACGACAACGACAAGAAGGCUGAAUAUCUUGACGGAACAGCCGGGCAGGCUGCUGCAAGCGAUGAGCCGUUCAGACCAACGGACGUAUCAGGCAAGCAAGCAGAUCGUCUCGGCAAACAGACAGAAAGCUUCGGAGAACAUACAUCGAAGCCAAACUACCAAACCAAUGUCCCUCAUGCUCCGCGACAGGAUCCAUUGAUUCAAGUCCACGCCACGGCGUCUCCUACAACAUACCCUUUGAGGUCCAACGAGUCGUCUCUCCCGUCUAGCAAGCCACUCGAGACCUGGCGUGAAAGGGCCGCCUAUACGACUAUCCGACAAGGCUUUUGGUUACGUUGA